CCAGAGACAGACAUCCACUCGCAUCUUCCAGCAUCAGCAGCACCGCUAUAUAACCAGAGCAUCCCAUCGGCGCAGCCACAUUAGGCUUCAAUCCGCAGGACUUCCCACAUCACUACGAGGGGCAUGAAACUAUCAUAACAAGACAUUCAACACAUCCUAGAGUUCCAACAUGACGAAAUCUUACACCGAGGAAAGCAUGAUGCUGGAGUCUCAAACCAGCACGAACUGGACCGACAAGUGUCACAGCAGCUCCCAAGACGAGCGAGACGAGGAGAACUCCAGCGUGCCCAUGCAUAAAGAUAUGGAGGACGACGAAGUAGGACUCAACCGACUCGAAGAUGAGGAUGACGAUGAGGAAGAGGAGGAGGAAGAAGACGGCGACGACACCAAGCCGAAAAGACGAGGACCCAAAAAGAAGAAGAUGACCAAGGCGCGUCUGCAGAGGUUCAAAAUGAGGCGCAUGAAGGCGAACGCCCGGGAGAGGAACCGCAUGCACGGCCUCAACGAUGCGCUCGAGAGCCUGCGCAAAGUUGUGCCGUGCUACUCCAAAACGCAGAAGCUCUCCAAGAUCGAAACGCUCCGACUGGCCAAGAACUACAUUUGGGCGCUAUCAGAAACCCUGAGGUCGGGCAAGAGCCCGGAUCUGAUGUCUUUCGUGCAGGCCCUGUGCAAGGGCUUGUCCCAGCCCACGACCAAUUUGGUUGCAGGAUGCCUCCAACUGAACCCCAGAACUUUUCUCCCCGAGCAGAGCCAGGAAAUGCCCCCUCAUAUGCAAACAGCAAGUGCUUCCUUUUCCGCUCUUCCCUACUCCUACCAGACGCCCGGUCUUCCCAGCCCUCCGUACGGUACAAUGGACAGCUCUCAUAUCUUUCACGUCAAGCCACACUCGUACGGGAGCGCACUGGAGCCGUUCUUUGACACCGCGCUCACAGACUGCACCAGUCCCUCGUUUGACGGACCCCUUAGCCCGCCUUUGAGCGUCAAUGGGAACUUUUCCUUCAAACACGAGCAUUCGUCGGAAUUCGAGAAGAACUACGCCUUUACCAUGCACUAUCAGGCAGCGGGCUUGGCCGGCGCGCAGGGACACGCGUCUCUUUACGCGGGCUCCACGCAGCGCUGUGAUGUACCCAUGGAGAACAUUAUGUCGUACGAAGGGCACUCGCAUCACGAGCGGGUCAUGAACGCCCAGCUGAACGCGAUAUUUCACGACUCGUGAUUUUAUCGGACAUUUGUGAGACUUGCUCGUCACGGUCUUCUGUUAUGGCUGAUGCAAAAAGAGCAACAACAUUAUAUGCUUAAUCUUAUGUACGUAUUUAUUGUUGUUACUGCCUUUAGGAGAAGAGAGAAUUCGUUUAUUCUCGUUCACCUUAUGUAUUGUAUUCUAUAGCGCUUCUACGUUGCGGUCACACACAGGUGGGAACAUGCGUGACCUUCUUCAGAAUGUGUUACUUAUCCAUGCUACAAAAUCACAAGCAAUAAUUUGGAAUCUAUGCAAUUUUUAAUCCAAUACUGGGCCAAUUAUAGAAAUUAAUAGAGAUUGAUAUAUUUUUCAACCUAUUACAUUUUACUACUUAUCUAUCCCAUACUGAAUUAUUUUGUUGUGAUUUUGUAUAGAAUUGUUAAUUUUUAUAAUGUCAGAUCCCUGCACCAUUCCAUGCAACCCCUCAUGUUAAUGUUUUAUAAAACUGAUUUAUCUCUUGUUUAUACAGAACAGUACUCAAUCUAGUAAUAACCAGCAGGCAAGUGCUUCAAAAUCUGUAAUGUUGCCUUAGCAAUGAAUUACUGUAAAAUCAUGCAGAGUUGCACAAUUCCCAUCCUCUGAAUCCCGUCUAAUGUUACGUUCAAUCAGUGAUCCUUUGUGAAAUUGCGAAUUGCUUUGAGUGCUGGGGAAAAAAAAAAUCGAUGUUAGAGUCUCAGUGUUGUAUAUAAAAGCUUGACUAUCACCUUUUAAAUUCACCCUGUGUAAAAGCUGAUCGAGAGGCCUGUCUUUCUAAGAUGGAAAAUAAAUCAUGGACUGAAUUAGUCUGCUCUAACUAUUCGGGUAUUUUCGACUGGGAAUUUUAAUUGGUUGCGAAGAAGGAACAAACAACAAAGAUGCAAUCAAAAAGAGGUUGAUUUCAAAGUGAUUCUAGUUUUGAGACUGUUGUAUGUGUGUAUAGGUUCAUGAUGGAGGUUUAAGAAAUAAAACAAAUGGUUUGAACUGAA